AUGCCGAACUUCCUCCAUAACGCUCACCAGCAGUGGGUUAUGUCCGCCAUGUUGGAUUGGGCUUAUAACGGCUUGGUCAAGAAGGGUGAACGUCGCAAGAUUGCCUUCGGUGUGGGAACGAGAUUUGAAGGAUUCAUCGGUGCUUACACAUCUUCGUCGAAAGAGCCAGACCUAUACCUUUCCGCCCGUACCGAUAGAGCGCCAUCAGUUGUGAUUGAAUCAGGAUGGUCCGAAAGUUUUCCGCGUCUCCGAAUAGACAAGGACUUGUGGUUGGGCGGCACAGUUGAAGUGGAAUAUGUUAUACUCUUGAAGUGGAGCAAGGUGCGUAACAACAAGGUCAAAGGAUCUAUUGAAGUCUGGGGACGGGGAAACACAGGUAGCCUCCUUAUUCGUGAGCUGGCCGUCUUUCCGAAACCCGAUCCUCUACCCAUCGAAGAAUCUAUCUGCUUUACGAAACAACAGUUGUUUGGUGGAAUCCCUGUGUCUAACCCAUUCACUGUACUAUCCCUCGAGAUUCCAAGACUUCGAGAAAUUGCUGAAGAGAUUCUCGUGAACUUGAUGGGGCUCUGCCCAUGUUAG